CUUUAAAUGCAGCAUCCGUUUAUCCCAGCCCAGGCAGCGACAGCUUGACUUCCUGUCUGCCACAACUUCGCUAAAAGCGUCUUUUAAAGCGAUUGCUGUCACCUGAUGAGCACAAACUUGCCCGGAAAUUGAAUUGUCAUGACUGAGCAGGAGCAGCAGAUGUUCAUGGAGAGACUGGAAGUGGCUCUCUCUUGGAUGAAGGGUGUCCAGGAGAGGUUGAGGGCAAACGAUAACACCCAAGGGCCCUGGAAUGCACUUGAAGCCCGACUCAAAGAGACUGAGAAAAUCCAUCAAUCAGAGCAUGAUGGUCGUGUGAAGGUGGACAUGGCACUGGUAGCAGCUGAUCAUCUUCUGGAGAUUGGAGAUGAAAAACAGAGGAACCACACACAGGCUAAGGUCAAAAACUUGAAAAGUUGUUGGGAGGAAACUUGUACGUACAUCGUUCACUGCCACAGUCGGAUUGAGUGGGUGUGGCUCCACUGGAGUGAGUUUUUGAUAGCCCACCAGGAGUUUGUAUUGUGGUUAACGAAGCAGCAGUGUGACCUGGAUGUUGGUGUGGAGUUGCAACUAGGACUGAAGGAAAAGCUGUGGCAAGUGGACAAACAGAGAGUGGUGGUGAGUGAUGUCCAUGGCCAGGCAGCAUUACUGGAAAAGCUGCUGGACGAAGCUGCUGUGCUGCAUAACCGAACCCAAGAUCCUAGUGUGGAGCCUAAGGAACAGGAAAGACUGCAGGAGGCCUACAGUGACAUCAGGGACAAGGUUGAGGAGCGUUUGUCACUGCUUCAAGAGAUAGCUGAGGAACACCAGACAUUCCAAAGUAGCGUUCAGAGGUUUCAGUCAUGGUUGCUGUCAAAAACCAAGGAGGCUACAGAUCUUAUGGAGAAGGAGGAUACAACAGAGAACAAACUCCAAGCCUUACACGCCCUUAAUGACAUUGUAGCCUGUGAGGAAAAGGAAUUGCAAGAUAUAGAAGGUGCAGCUGAAGCUGUCAGAGUGAAUACCUCUCCUGCUGGAGCAGAGGUGGUGGUAAACACUGCUGAAGAGCUCAGAGUUGGUUGGCAGAGACUAAGGAAUUACCUGUUUGAAAAAGGGGAGGACCUAGACUCCACUCUGUCCACACACAACGAGUACAUGGCAAGAUGCCAGCGAUUACAGGAUGAUGUAGGAUGUCUCAGAUCACAACUCCAGGUGCUGAACCAGAAACUAGAGGAGGAUCAUGAUGUUGGAGAUGGUGCUGAUUACACUGAAGAGGAGAUGGUGGGCCAGUGGAGAAAAUACAGGGACGUAAAAAAGGCUCUGUUGGAAGAGGAGUCCAAAGUGGACUGCCUCAAAUUGCAGCUCAAGAUGCUGUUCAGGUUCUCGGAGGACUCUUGCCAUAUUUCUAAUGAUGUCCUUGGUGUUGUCAAAGAACACCAGAGUGUGAAAUCCAAAGCAACAAAAUUGUGCUCAGAAUCCGAGUCUGCCCUGAGAAAUUCACUCCAGGACCCAUUGCUAUUCUUUGCACAGUGGUCCCUCAUGGUCACUCAGGUUUUGGAGGCUUAUGCUGAGAUCUCAGACUUCUCCCCUUUUGAGAUGUUUGUCGAAAGUAUUGAGCGGCUGUUGAAGGAGAGUAUCCAGCUACAGGACCGUUUGAAUCAGAUGGAGACAAAGGGGGACUUGCUCAACUCUCUGUUUUGUCCUGAAAGCUCUGACACGCUGCAGACUAAGCUGAGUACUGCUACCAUGAAAAGAGAACUGCUGCAUGAUCAGCUUAUACAGAGAAAGGGAAGACUACAGAUGUGGUCAUCCAGGAGUGAAUUUGAGGCAUGGUUGUGCAGAGAGGAAAAUCUCUUCUCAAAGAAAAUCUUUGUCCAACGAGGGGAACCUGCCACUGAAGGACCAUCAUACAAGAGAAGAGGGUUGUUGCAGCGGGUAUGUCGACUGGCUCUUCCACUAUGGCUCUUCUUCCUGGCUUUACUGCUAUUGGCCUUUCUCCUGCCCCUCAUGGAUGAAGCCAACAGCUGCUCCAUCUCCAACAAUUUUGCCCGAUCCUUCAGUGUUAUGCUGCGCUACUCUGGACCACCACCUACAUAGCUGCAGUUUAUCUAAUUUUUAACAGCAAAUUAUCACAACCUACCUUUCUUUUUACUGUAUCUAAAGAAGAAGAGACAAAUAAACUCUCACAGCUUUACAGUUUUA